AUGAAUAAUCGCUCCAUCGCCUGGUGGCUGAAACAGAUCGGCUUGCCCCAGUACACCAAGACACUAGAGAGUGAAUAUUAUGGUCUGGAGGGUUUGUUGAGUGUAACAGAUGGAGAGCUGAAGGAAGCAGGGGUAGAGGAUCCCGCACACAGAGAAACCAUCCUCAGUCAGCUUUCAAGGCAGCGACAGAGACUGGACCCACACUCUGGUGUGCCAGUGGAGCGCAGGGCGAGUCGAAAGUACUCUCUGGGAUCGUCUAUGGAUCUGGUGAAGACGAGAAAGGAUUUAUUUCGUCAGAGUGUUCUGCCUCGCCUCCAGCGGGCUGAAAAGAAACACCGCCUUUCUGUGUCCUGCUCCCAGCUCCGCCCUCUGAACGAGGACCACACUACCAGUGAGACAGAACGCUAUCAGGACAGCAAGCGCAGCAAAAGGAGGAGUGUCAGCGCAUACUUCAGCCAACUGAAGGUGUUUGGUGGUCGGAGAGAGAUGGACUCACUGAAGAAGGAGCUGGAGGAGGAGUUGAAGCUCAGUACCGAUGACCUGAGGAGCCACGCGUGGUACCAUGGACCAAUUAGCCGAGAGGAAGCAGAGACUCUGUUUGAGAGGGAUGGAGACUUCUUGGUCAGAGACUCGAGCUCUGCCCCCGGUGACUACGUUUUGAGCUGCUUUUGGAAGAACGAGCCCAUGCACUUUAAGAUCAUACGAGUGGUCCUGCGUCCUAAAAAGGGCUACUCCCGGGAGCUGUUCCAAUUUGAAGACGAUCGCUUUGACAAUGUUCCCGCUCUGAUCCGUUUCCAUGUGGGUGGACGACAGCCCAUCUCCCAAGCCUCAGGUGCUGUGAUUUUUCACCCAAUCACACGGACCAUUCCUCUGCGUGUCAUCAGUGAGCGACAUGCGGAGUGCAAAGGCAGCAGUGGAGGCGCGGAGGGAAGAUCACACGCUGAGCGCAGUAAAAGGCUCAGCUUCAGCUCUGCACACUCCGACACGCUGCAGGUCACCAGUCCACUACUAAGGAGUGGAAGUCAGCCUGCUAACUUGGAGAAUGUGGGUCGUAGGCCUUCACUUCAGACUGCGCAGUCUGACAGCAACCUACGAACUGGUGUCCCUCAGAACACUCAGUCAGAGGACACUGGCCCCGCCCCCAUCUCCCCUGUGUUUCGCACUGGUAGUGAACCCUUGCUGAGUCCACGACCACGACACACACGCCCCUCCCAUCCAGGUGGUGGUGUGACUUUGCGAGGUUCAGAUGGGCAGCUGCACCCAAGAGCUCCUCCUAAACCUCUCCGGGUCUCUACUGUCUUUCCCAACGCAAUUCCUCCUCCUCCAACAGACCGGGACGUUGAUCCUUCCUCUUUCUACGACGAGUUGGUCAUCCAGGUGCCACAGUCGCGGCGGAAGGGUCACGUGGACCGAUUGCGUGCAGAGGAGAAGUGGCAAAGCCGUGCCCGCCUCACAGAGACUUCCUUUGGCUUCCUGGAGGCAGAGAAUAAUGAGGCGUCAUCACAUCUGCCGUUUGACAAAGAGAUCCAGAAAAAUGGAGCAGAGGAAGUGGAGGACUGGCAUUUUGAACGUCCACAUAUGGAGUCAGGGUCAUGUUUCCAGUUGGAUCAGUUUGAGUCGCUGCUCUUGCCGGAGAACAACCGACCCCUGGAACCAAGCGUCCUGCUCUCACUAAAAGAGAUCUUCAACCGCUCAGACUCCAACAACACCGCUCUGCACAUGCUCAGUGUUGACUGCCAGGUCGCACGCAUCGUCGGGGUGACUGAUGAGCAGAAGAGGAUUAUGGGCGUCGAAUCAGGGCUGCAGCUUGUCACUCUUCCGCAUGGGCGCCAGUUACGACAAGACCUGUUAGAGAGACAUCAUCUAAUAUCGCUGGGAGUCGCAGUGGACAUCUUGGGCUGCACAGGGACUGUGAGCCAGAGAGCAACUGUUUUACAUAAAUUAAUUUUAUUGGCUGAAGCCCUGAAAGACCACGCCCACAACCUUUACUCAUUCUCAGCUGUGAUGAAGGCUCUGGAGAUGCCUCAGAUAAUGCGACUGGAGAUGACGUGGCGAGCACUGAGGAGGAACCACACAGAAAGUGCCGUUUUAUUUGAGAAGAAACUGAAACCAUUCAUGAAGUCGCUGAACGACGGAGACGAUUCUGUAGUUCAGGGUCCCAUAGCUUUGCCUCACCUGAUUCCUCUGCUGAUGGUGAUGGAGGGUGACGACCCCGUCGAGGACAGCGAGCGAGGAUGUCAGCUCCUCUAUGACGUCCUUCAAUCAGCUCGCAGUGCUGCACUGCAUGCCCAAAAUUAUCAGCAGCAUGCACACACUCUGCUAUCAGGAGGCUGGGAGCCUGUCCCGGAGCUGCUGGAGGCUUUCCGGACAGAGUUCGCCCUGCGGCUGUUGUGGGGUCAGUCAGGGGCAGAGGCUGACAAAGAGGAGCGCUACGAAAAGUUUGACAAGAUUCUUUGUGUCCUCUCAGAUAAACUGGAGCCUGUUGAAAUGACCCCACAACCACUUGACCCUCUAACCUGAGCCUCAGGGCCUGUUUCACUAAGCUAAAAGUGAAAUCAGUACUUU